GUGGAGCCCUUCCGCUGUGCUGCCGGGAAGAGUCCUCGUAUACACAGAGGAGUCGGGCUUAGCGUGAAGCUUGCAGACUAGCUGUUAAUCGGACACACCGGCUGACAGCUGCAAAAUGUCGGGGAGAGGAGCUAAGAAAAGGGUGAAGUCAACUUCACGAUCUUCCAGGGCCGGAGUGUUGUUUCCCGUGGGUCGAAUGCUGCGUUACUUGAAGAGGGACACACACCAUUACCGCAUCGGGGCCGGGUCACCGGUGUAUAUGGCGGCCGUCAUCGAGUACCUUACGGCGGAAAUCUUGGAAUUGGCUGGCAAUGCGGCACGAGACAACAAGAAGGGGCGAGUAACCCCCAGGCACAUCCUGCUGGCUGUUGCCAAUGAUGAAGAGUUGCACCAGCUUCUGAAACAUGUUACAAUUGCCUCUGGAGGGGUCAUUCCUAAGAUUCACGCUGAACUGCUGAUGCGAAAGAAGGGUGGGAAAUUUGGCAGCUCAGUCCCAUCAGCACCUCCAGAGAAGAAACCCCAGCUUGUGAUUGGUGGGGGAUCCAAAGGUACCAAGCUAAUCAAGACUGGAAAAGCUUCCAAAUCAAAGGGAGGUGCCAAAUCUAAAUUGACUGAUGCCUCUCCAGGCAAAGAUGGUGUCAUUGGGGUACCAGACAGUGCAGGAUUUACAAUUUUAUCUGAGAAAAAAUUAUUCCUUGGGCAAAAACUCACUGUUAUUCAGGGAGACAUUGUAAAAAUGGCAGCAGAUGCUAUUGUCCAUCCAACAAACUCAUCAUUAUACAUGGGUGGAGAAGUAGGCAGAAGCAUAGAGAAGGCAGGUGGUGCAGAGUUCCAACAAGAGAUAAAGGAUCUGCUUUCUGCCCAGGGUCAGCUGGACACAGCUGGAGCUGCUAUGUCGACGGGUCAUCACUUCCCGGCAAAGUUUGUUGUCCAUUGUAACGGGCCCACCUGGAAAAUGGAUAAUUCCCAGCAGUUACUGGAGAAGGCAGUAAAAAACUGCUUGACACUUGCCGAUGAAAAGAAAUUGAAAAGCAUUGCAUUCCCAUCUAUCGGGAGUGGCCGUGCCGGCUUCCCCAAGCAGACGGCAGCUCAGAUCAUCCUAAAGGCCAUCAGUAACUACUUUGUCAGUGUGAUGAGCAGCUCACUCAAACAGGUCUACUUUGUUCUCUAUGAUAUGGAAAGUAUAGGCAUCUACACAAGUGAACUGGCAAAGCUCGACUCGUAAAAUCCAACAUGUGCCAUUAUCACUCAGGAUUUCUUCACCAAGUUACAUUAAGUGGUUAAAAGGGAAUAUUGCAUAUGAACCCUUAACCUCCAUUGGUUUAUAUGGUUGCAAAUCUUUCCAUGGGAGACAAAUCCAGGCGUGACUUAUUAUCUCCCUUGAAAUGGAUACAGGUGAAUUUAGAAUGUUGCAUUUGUAAGGUGUUGAAGUGAUUGUCUGUUUCUGUCAUAUGGAAGUAACUGAAUCAUGGUUGAUGAAACAUUUCCACAUUUUAGCUUGGUAGGACUUUUUUUAAAACUCAAUUGUAAGAUUAUUUUACAAAGGUAAGUCCAACUCUUCAUCAGCAACCGAUACUGUGGUUGUAUGCUCCUUGACUUUGUGGUAAAACAUGGGAAUUUUCUGAACUUUUAUAAGACAGGUUUUGGUUAAAUACAUUAGGUUAUGGGUUGUACAUGAUAGUCAACAAUAUGCCUGUAACAUAGGAUUCUUUUGGUCGUGUCAGAAUCCCUGCGUUUGAAAUAACUUAUGGAUUGUUGAUAUGUUAUUUGGCAUAGUCGAUUUGUUCUAAGUUUUUGUGAAACAAGACUGGUUUUGAAAAUUGUUCCUGUCAAGUCACUUUGUUAUUACUUAAUGACUGGCAGUGUUACUGACUGUUUGACUGUGAGAAGUCAAGAGUAUUAGGCUUGUUUCUCUAUAUUUUGAUUCAUUGGCAUAACCCUGAACAUGUGAACAGAUCUGAUAAGUCAUGGUAUGCAAUUGGUUCUCUUUCUCUUCAUACUUUAAUAGUACUAUUUUCUCACUGCCGACACAGCCUACUAAUGUCAUUGUCUUUGUGUGGUCAAAUUACUGGUCCUCCCAUCAGUCUUGCAAUAGCAAAAUGACUGCUGACAUAAAGUGCGGUACUGACAAUUAGAGGAUUUAAUAUACUUUUUUUUUUGUUUCUUUCUGUGCACAGUUGAAUAUGUCACCUAUUUCACUGUGCACUCUCUGUGCUGCAGAAGAAUGUAUGCAUAUAUGUUUACUAACUCUGCAGGACAGUUUGUCAUGCUGUGAAGGUUUUUUUUUUUGAUUUUAAGACACAAUGCAUUUAUGCACCUAAGCUUCACAUGUUGGAAUAAUGGAAUUAUUUAUAAAAAAUGAAAAUCUUGCUGGUGGCUUGUCCUACUAUUUUUUUUCGGAAUAGUAAAAGAUACUCUGUCUAUGAUAGAUUUCAAUGGUACAAUAUUAUGCAAGAAAUUUGGAUCAACACUAUGAGUAUGAAUCAGAAAUUCAGGGUUGCUGUUUGCACUGCCAUAUGCCAAUUCUAUUUGUUUGUGUUAGAAGAAGAAAGCAUGAUGUAUAGAUGAAUGAUAAUUUUUUGCAUAACGUAGCAAGGCAGUAAGUAGACCUAAAAAUGAAUAACCUUUGUAGAUUAUUUAUAUAUUCAUUUUAGAGUUAAGUCUUUAUAAGGGGAUACAAAGCAUACUCCUGUCAGGGGUAAAAGUAUUUAGUCGUGGUAAAAGGGCAAGAGUUUGAUACAUUUUUUAAGUAAAUAAGUUAAUUUAAAAUGGUUAAGCAUGUUGAAGAAGAUCAAAGAUAUAGUUGUAUUUUAUUGUUAUAGGAGUUUAAAAAUUAUGAAAUUGUUGAACAUGAUUUGUUCAUUGUAAUAUUUGAAAAAGAUAUCGAUGUUGAGAAUAAUGUUAUAGGCCUGCUGUUUUUUGUUGGUAUGUAGGUAAUGUUCUGUCAUUUAGGAUACUAUUGAGUGGACAUCCUUGUUAUGAGCAGAAUAGGUGAUGUGGCCGAAGAUUAACCUUAGGUCAUUGUUAAGUAUGGAUGGUAAGGCUUCAGUUAGUCUGAGGAAGCCAAGUCAAACAGCAGAGAGAUCAGAAAGUGUAUAGUUAAUGCAAUGUUUGGUGAAUACAGCAUGCAGUUUGAAAUUUGCACCAUAAGGAUAAUUGGUAAAAGUCUUUGUGACUUGUAUUUUAAGGAGGGUCUUACUUUGUUUAAUAUGGUUGUAGUUUACUUGAAUGGUCAUAUCUGUCUAAAAUAAUUGUGGAAAUUACAGCAGUUAAAUGAUUGUCCAUUUUUUGGCAAGAUCGGGGUUAUGGCUGAAUGUCAAAGAUUUAAUUUUACAGGCCUUUGGUUAUUAUUCCUAUUCAUAAAAGUUAGCCAGUUAUGAUAUCUAUGUGGGAAAGGCAUGCUUGUUGUAGUCCCAUUGCUUACAUGAAGAUGCCAUCAGUUGCCAUGGAAAUGCAAUCAGUCUGCCGGUCAAAUAAGUAACCAGGUACAUCUGGCAUCAUUGGAUAAAGGUUGAAUUGAAUCAUGUUGAGUGUACUUAAUAGACAUUUUCUGUGAAUAAGGUGUAUUUUUUAUUUUUUUUCACACAGAUUGCUUAAACAUAAUACAUUUAAUGCAUAAAUAUAAUUUGAAAAAUAACAGAAGAUGUCAUUAUGAAUGUAUCAAAAGUUUAUGCAAAAUCAUCCAUGUGUAGUUUCAUGUUGAGUUUCAUUGAAUAACUUGUCGACAUCACUUUUUUUGCUUUUAGUUGAACAGAAAAUCAACAUGUUCAUGUAUGUUUGUAGAAAUUUGCUUUAUACAUUUUUAGUACUGUUAUUUCACUAGACUUAUUUCACAUUUCAAUUGACUGUUGAACAGACAGUAUUUGCACAAGGACAAAACUUUUGUAGUUUUGUUUUUAUGCCUUUAUUACAUGGAUGAUAAGAUGUAUAUGUUUCACCAUUGCUUUGUUUCAUGAAGACUUGUAGUUUCCAUUUCAGCGAUUAUGUUGUCCUGAAUGAUUUAAUGAGCAACUCUAUCGGUGGUACUUAAAGGUUUGCCUGUGUCUUAUAGGGACCAUCAGAUAAAGUGUGACCUUGGGAAUAGUAUGUCAGUAGAUGUGUGUGCAGCGAAUAAGAAAAGGUAUUGGCUGUACUUACUUACAUAUAGACAUACAUACAUGUAUGUAUGAAGAGUAAAUGUUUAUGAGGCCCUUUUGCUGCAUCAAACACAGUGUGUUUCAGAUACAGGUACAUUGUACAUCAUCUCAAGUUACUUGUACAUCUCGGGUUACAUACACGUGUCAUUUUGAAGUUGCCUGUACACAUAAACAAAUACCUAAAGAAAUGAAGCGGGUGGUGAGAGACACAAAAAAAACUGUGCAUGUCUAUUCUUUUGUACGUGUGUAAUGCAGUUGACACUGUGGCCAGUGUCGCUUCAUGUGUGUUAGUACAUGUUUUAAGAAGUUCAGUCUAUUUUGCCAUCAAAAUAACUGAUUCUGGGAGCCUUAUUAAGGUAUAAGUGGCCCUUCUUUAACUCGUAGAAUUAAUGGGAUUUCUGCAUCCAUGCAUUGCUGGCAAAUUUCAGAUGGGAAGACUUGAUAGUGUAUUAGGAAGCCCAUAGAACAAACUAUUAACCAGUACUUACCAUUGGGUAAAUACUGUAUUAUUCGCAUUUCAUUUAUGCACAUGUUUAAUGUCCUCUUUGAAUUUCACCAACACUCAGUCUUCAGAGGCAAACAUCUACCUCUACCCAGCAGUUGUAAAUUCUACUGGAAACUCUCUCAUUUGAAAACAAAUACAUGUACACAUCAGCUGGCUGAAUUUCAUGAGGUGUGUUCUUGUGUUUGGUACAUAUUUAUGAUUAGUUUAAUUAUGCAAAAAAUGUGAAAGGAAAAAAAAAAACCCACUUGUGAAAUAGAAAGUAAAUUAUAAUGGAUUGUUAGAAGAAAUAUAAACGGUAAAGAAAUGCUUAGGGGGACCCCAAGUUAUGAGCUUAUACCUGGAGUUAGUAGGCAAAACUUGAUUGUGUUAAGUUUUUUGGGGUAAGGAGAUCUGUGAGUGAAGUUGAUAGAUUUAGUAGCGUAGUCUCUCUGCUUGUGGCCAAACACAAAGUGUCUCUUUCCACGUGAUAAGUGAUGGUAUAUUGCAUGGUUUAUGUCUUGUUUAGUGCUUGCUUUCUGUGAUGUACUCUGCCAACCUUUGGCUACAUAAUAUGGUCAAACCAAAAUAAACUUUAUCUAUUCGAA